AUGCUGUGCAGACAGAAGCUUCGGGAAUUCAAACAGGGUCAUGAUGUUCAAGGCGGCAGCUCAGAUGAUAAGCAAGGCGGUGCAAGUUCUGACGACGAUGACGAGGGCGGAGAGCCAGCAGAGCCCCGCUUCGUGAUCGACGACGAGGGCCAAAUCACUUUCCAAGACAUCAUCAAAGAUUCCUUGGAGGAGGAAGUUCAUGCUUUCAUGGAAGAAAUUGAGCACAACAACAUUCGGAAGAUGCACGGUGCAUACUGUUGCCCUUUCUGCCCUUUCCGAGCUUUUGGUCGAUUGUGCCAGCUCUCUGAUCACCUGAGGCGCCAUCAUGUCGCCGCCAAGCAGUUUGUGUGCUCAGGAAAGAAGCAGUUAAAAGUGAUUUUGGCCUUGCACGAUUCAGAUUCUGUCCGCAAAGAGAACGGUGCAGACUACUUGUUUCGCAGUGCCAUGCUCCUUAGAACUCAAGUGGUUCCUCCUCUCGACCGCAACAAGAGUUUGAUUGACAAGAACCUACGCCUGCUGCUAGAGAAAGACGGUCCAAGAUAUGUCAACCAAAAGGCCCUUGGAGAACAAAUCGUUGCCCGCAGAGUGUUGAACAUCUAUUACGACAAAUCCUUUGCCGAAAUGGUCUACAGGGAAAUUGUCUUGCACCAUUCGAGUGUUCCUUGGCAGCAGCAGAACAUGCACGACAUCUACAUGUCCUAUCAAGUCCAAAGCUUGAAGAGCUCCAUCUUCAAAACUUUGGAACACAGGACAAGCAACUAUAGAGCAUCGGCCCAAACCCGAAAUGCGGCUUGCUUUGAUGAUGAGCAUUCUUUGAGAAGGGUGCUGACUAUCAGGGGGCGUACCGGUGCCGUCUUAGGCAUGGUUCCUGUUCCGAGUGAAGAGUCACCAAAGAUCAAGGAAUCUCUGCGCAAUCUUUUCUCCAACCAGGCAUUGUUCCAGGUUCGAUAUUUAGCUACGGACAACCCCUCUCCUAAGCUCUUCCGCGAGUUGAAAGAGAUCUGCCCAAACCUGAGCUGCCUCUCCUUGGAUCCUGUUCAUCUGGCCAUUGUCUACGAAUAUGCCCAGUGGGGGAAGAAGACGGCUGGAUCGAAAGUUCUACGGUGUUUGCUACAUAAGAUGAACCAGGUAGCCCCGAACAUGCGUUCCAGCUCUUGGGGGCCCCUCUUCACUGGCACCGCACCGCCAAGCCUGACUCGCGAUGAAGAGCGGGCACGACAUCUCAUCACUGACGGCAGCAUGGGCGCAACCAGGGCCAAACGCAUCCUGGACAACCUUCAUCCAGAUUCGCCUUUGUUCUGCCGAAUCACCUUCAUUGAGGCAUUAGCCGCCCUUUGUGCAACGUACCCACAUGAGGUGAGCCGUAAAGUGACAGGCUCCAACAAAGAAAUUAGGAAGGUUCUUUGGGCAGCCACAGCACCAGAUAGAUUGGAAUGGCUGAUGAACAACCUCCGUGUGCGGCACGAUCUAACCCCUCUAGAGCGGGGGUUGCUGCCAAGCGGCACGUCCUCUAAUGAGUCCCUUCAUGCCGAGAUAAAUUCGUGGACUAAGUCCAUCCGUUCAUUGCACCAGAGCACACUGCGGCUGAAGCUUGAAAUUAUGCAGUUUGGCAAGGUGCUCGCCCAUCAUGUCGCCUCGUGUUUUCCUACGGUGCAGCAGACUUCAGAAGGUGUCCUGCUUGCGCGGGCAGUGGCCACUGAUGUCUGGACCGAUGCCACCUGGCAAAACUGUUGCUCGUCUGCCAAGGCACCUGUACCUUUGCAUCGGGCGCGGCAAGCGGAAGCCAGAAAGGUACAGAACCGAAAAGGCUUCGACGAUAGCGUGCAGCAGUGCAUCGGAUUGGCGAUCUUCCGGCGUCAAGCCGAAAAGGCUUCGACGAUAGCUGCCCUGGUAGGCUUGCAAGGGUUCACUGCAAUCGAGGAGGCACGAUUGGGGCCUGUGGUUGGUGUUGCCUGGCUUGUUCCAAUAUGGACCGCGUUGUCGGGUUAA